UGCUGGUGAGCUGUGUCGCUGAGGGAGAGUCCAGCUGAAGUUGUCUGAAGUUACAGUUGAGCGUUCGGUGUCAUAAUAAUGCGGUGAUGAUCAUGAAUCGACAGCAGAGCGAUCGGGGCGUCGUGUUAACCGCCUUCAUCAGUAACAAUGAAGAGUUACCGGCCGUCAGCUGCAGUAGAGAACACACCGAGAGCCAUAAGAUGGGUCAGUAUAAUGUCCAGAGGUCCAGAGGUCCGGCGGCGGGGAAGAGUCCGCACCAGCGCUGUAACUCACAGGAAUCUCUGGAUGAGAAGGUGAUGGUGGAUUAUUUUAAAGAGCUGGAGAUCAUUCAGCACACCAGAGAUGCUGAACAGCCUGAAGACGUCCAGCUGAAGGUGCCUGAUGAAGGUGAACAGGAAGAGGCGUGGCUGACGGAGGCGGGGCUAGCGACACUGUUUGACGAGUCUGCGACAGAUGGUGAGGAUAGCAUCGUGCUUCUGUCCACGCUGACCCGAACGCAAGUGGCCGCCGUCCAGAGGCGCGUGGAAACCCUUAAACAGACGUUACGCAAAAGAAACAAACCCUACAGCGUCCCAGACGUCCGAGAUAUCUUCAAACCGUCGUCCUCUUCAGAAAAUACAGCUGAUGUGACGUCCCCAGAGAGAAGUUUGGGCGAUACACCAGAAGUCCAAACACUGGGUAAUGGGGCGGGGCCUGACGCUCAUGGGGGCGGAGCUGACAGUGAGACAGACAUUAACCUGGAGGUGUCGUUCUCUGAGCAAGCUCUUAUCUAUAAGGAGGGGUUAAAGGUCGCUCAGCCCCGGCGUGAAGCUGACGACAGGUUACCCGAUUUUAAAGUGUCUCAGGACAAGACGGGCCAGACGAGAGCCGGACACCUGUCGACUGAGGACAUGAAGAAAGUUCGCAGGCUUGUCGUCAUUGAGAUGAGCGCUCUGUUCGACACGUGUGGAAUCGAGAUGAAGACUCACAAGGCGCUGAAGAUGAAAGUCCGAGAGUCAGGUUUGUUCGGCGUUCCUCUCCCGACUCUGUUGGAACAAGACCAGCGGAGGAUCCCGGGAACCAAAGUGCCUCUUAUACUGCAACACGUAAGACAACAGACACAUAAACUCCACAGCGCCCUCUGCCUGCCAGCGUGUGCUAUGAGCGACAUGGCGUCAUUGCCGCUGCAAGUGAUGACGUCACAGCAGCAUGAUCGCGUUGACGGAAUGUUUGUUUUCGCUUUUGUUUUGAAGUUGAUGUCACAUAUAGAGGAGCAGGGCUUAGACACAGAGGGUGUCCUGAGGAUACCUGGAGCGGCCACUAGAGUAAAGGCAGUGUGUCAGGAAAUGGAACAGAAGUUUUACGAUGGGAUGUUUUCGUGGGAGAGUCUCAAGCAGCAUGACGCAGCCAGUGUCCUGAAACUCUUCAUCAGAGAACUGCCGUUCCCUCUGCUCACUGUGGAAUACUUCACUGCCUUCCUCUCUGUGCUCAAGCUGCCAACUAAGAAACAGCAGCUCCAGGCGCUCAAUCUACUGGUGCUCCUGUUACCAGAACCCAACAGAGACACGCUGAAGGCUCUGAUGGAAUUUUUCCAGAGGGUGAUCGAUCAUAAGGACAAGAAUAAGAUGACUCUGAACAAUGUUGCCGUGGUGAUGGCCCCCAACAUCUUCAUGUGUAAAGGCUUUCGCAAUAAGAUCAGAGAACAGGAAGAGUUCGCCAUGGCAACCGGCACCGCCAACAUUGUCCGGCUUCUCAUCCGCUACCAGAACCUGCUGUGGACGAUCCCCAAGUUCAUUCUGAAUCAGGUGCGCAAGCAGAACACAGAGAACCAGCGCAAGAUGAACAGAGACCGAGCCGUUAAAAAACUACUGAAGAAGAUGACCCACGACCGCGAGAAGACCUCCGACAAACCAGAGAAAAACACUGAGGCUGAAGGCUUCAUACGGGUUCAAGCUCCUCAGUUCUCGAUGGUUUCUAUGGCCGUACAGCUGACCGAUGAUCUGAAAGCUUCUGAUGUUCUCACACGCUUUCUCACUCAAGAGAGGUCUCUGACUGUGAAGAGAGAAGAUUUGUGUCUCUUUGAGACAGGAGGAAACAUCAAGGAGAGAUGUCUGGAUGAAGAGACGUACAUCAGAGCUCUUCUGGAGCUCAACCCCAGCGCAGAAUGGGUCAUUAAAUCUGUUCAUCACGCUCAGGGCUGACCCACCUCCAAACCUGCCAACCGACCAAUCACAACACACCCCUUACAGAGGACAUCAUCAACACAUCUCUCAUGUAACUGUAACGCUCACUCACAACAAACUGUUUUCAUUUGGUUUCAUGUGGCACUCGGUUAUCACAUUUCAUGUGUUUUAUUGCUGUUAGAAACACUAAUGUUGCUAGUUUUCAUAUGUUCAGCCUCAACAUAUCUGUGCCACAUUUCAACACGAAAGUCAAAUAUCACAGCUAAAGAGAGAGCGUGAUUCUGACUCUUCUACAUGUUUCAGCACAUCACAACAAUCCUCCAUAUAGUACAUUUGUUCAGAUUAGACAAAAUAUGAAGAGUUUGUUUCCAAAAAGAGAUAACUUCGUUUUUAAACAAUUUCAAAAAGCAUGUCUUUUAAACUGAUAGUUAUCUGUUGAGUUAUUGUGGCUUAAAUCAAAACAAACCAACUGCUGUUUGAUUGAUAUUCAUUGGAAUGCGCAAUAAAAAACAUGAUUUUUGAAAAAUCUUAAAAACUGAUUGAUCUCAUUUUGGAAAUAAACUAUAUAGGUGGCUUGAAAUGAGACCUGAAUAUUUACCUACUUACAAAUCUGAUACGUUUUCUAUAUGCAAUUUAUCCGAAUAUUCUCAACCAAACAUGUCUAGACUUGCAUUUCAUAGUUUCUUCAUGAAAGACAUAUGAGAGAUUUUGUAUAUUAUUGUCGUCAUUCAAGUUGCAGAAGUCUCUCUACUGUAGUCAUGAUGCCAGUAACAUGUUUGUUCAUGUAGAUGAUGAAUGAGCUGUUUCACGUUUUAAAACCUUUGAGAAGAUCACUUUUUCUGCUCAUGAAGAUUUGAGAUUUUUAUGACAAAGGAUGACAGAAGUCAAGCUGACCUCACACAACAGGAUUAUUCCAAACCUGUAUAAAUGUCUUUGUUUUGCUGAACACACCGUAAGAUAUUUAGAAGAAUGUCAGAUCUCGUCCCCUAUUGACUCCCAUAGUAUUUAUUUUCCCUACUAUGGGGGGCGACAUCUGACAUUUUCCCAAUUUCUUCCUGUGUGUUCAGCAAAACAAAGACCCUCAGAUUGGUCCAAACCUGUAUAAAUGUGAGAAAAUGAUGACAGAAUUUUCUUUUUUGGGUGACCCGUCUCUUUAAACUCAACUUCACAAUGAUCUAGACGUCAUUCAGAUUAGACAUGAUUUGUAUUAUUAUUGUUUUGUGCAGCAAACUGAAGUUGAUAGAACUGACUUUAUGUUUUAAUGCUUCAGAAAUAACCACUAAAUGUUUUUUUAAUAAAAGCUUAAUUCUUUA